ACAUUCUUUUUUCCCGUCCAUGAUCUCCUGAAUAGCCCAUGCAGCUCCCACUCAGCUUCUACCAGCCUUGUGGUUCCAUUGCUGCUGGUGCUGGGCAAGAGACAGACUGAGAUAAACUUCCGGUGUGGUCACAUGAGAUCUAAUGCUGCUGCUGCAGCUCAGAGAGGAAAAUCCAGCUGCUGAAUGAUCACAAACCAGUGCUGCUCCAGACACUCUGGGAGAACGAAUCACCUGCCGCUGCUACUGGGGGAGGCAUCUCAGGCUCCCGGCACCUCUUGUCCCAGCUUCUCACUGCCAUACGGAGCUGGCAGUUGGAGUGCAGACUAUUUGCAGAACUGUAGCCAAGCUAAAGAAUCAGGUGCUCAGCUCAGUGAUGCCGGUACUUGCCAUUCCCUGAUCUCCUGCCUCUCGCUGGGCUUUGUGGGCUAGCAGUCUCAUGUGCUGGGCUGCCUGGGACCUGGUGAGAUCAGCCUAGUCAGCCAGUGUCAGUGAGAGUGACUGGGGGAGGUGCAGCACUAGCUCAUCAUUUCUCGGCUGCUGGUGAAUGGCAGGACCACUUCCAUAGGCAGGGCAAUACCUCCACAUAUACAAAGAAGGGGACCGGGGGUGUCCAGCCUGGAGAUGGCAUCCUUUAGCUUGGGAUUAAGUCUGUCUAGGAAGAAGAAUGUCUUGAGGAAUGCAGCUGUGGAGAGGAAGAAUCUGCUCACAGUAUGCAGGCUCUCCGUGAAGACGUUAAUUGACCGGUCCUGCUUUGAGACAAUUGAUGACUCUGCACCGGAAUUCGUAAAUUUUGCCUCAAUACUGGAACAGGUCUUAAGCCAUCGCCUUAAAGGUCAGAUUACCUGGUUUGGCUAUGAAAGCCCUCGAAGCUUUUGGGAUUACAUACGGGUUGCCUGCUCCAAAGUGUCUCACAGUUGUAUCUGUAGCAUUGAAAACAUGGAAAAUGUCAGUUCAUCCAGAGCUAAGGGGAGAGCCUGGAUUAGAGUUGCACUGAUGGAAAAACGCCUCUCGGAAUAUAUUAUUGCAGCGCUGAGGGACUACAAAACCACAAGGAGGUUUUACGAUGAUGGAGCUAUUGUCUUGGGUGAGGAAGCGAAUAUGCUCGCUGGCAUGCUGCUCGGACUCAAUGCAAUCGACUUCAGUUUCUGCCUUAAAGGGGAGGGAUUGGAUGGGAACUACCCCGCUGUAAUUGACUAUACGCCUUAUCUGAAAUUUACACAAAGCUCUGAUAGCAUCAGCAGUGAUGAAGAGGAGCUGCGGACUCUGGGUAGCAGUGGCAGUGAAAGCAGCACUCCUGAGAACAUUGGUCCUCCUUUUAUCAUGGAUGAAAAUAGCUGGUACAACAAAUGCAAGAGAGUGGAGCAGAAGUAUAGGCUAGCACUGGAACAAAAGUGUUAUCUGGAGGAGCUGGUGCGACUGAGAGAAGCUCACUUUUCAGAAUCAGUGUCCCAGAACAAGCUACUUCUUCAGAGAAUUGAAGACAUUGAGUUAAAUCACAAACUGGAGAAGGAACAGCUUGAAUAUAUCAUUGUAGAGCUGCAGGAUCAGCUGACUGUUCUAAAGAAUAAUGACUUAAGAGCGAGACAAGAGUUAACCAAUCAUCUCACCAAUCAGUGGCCUUCCCCAGGAGAUGUGGAAUUUAAUGCUGUUGCCCUGGACACAUUACGCUACCAAAAACACAGUGAGCGUUGGGACGAAAAACGUUUCCAUAGUUUGGGGCCCUUGUCCGCUGAUGCCAGUCUGUCUCAGAUUUCAUUUGACCCUGGCCAGUCUCAGGAUGGAAAUGGAAAACAAGGUGGUUCCCACUUAAGUGAAGGCAAGGAAGACACGCCAUCUUUACUGGGCCUCUGCGGCUCUCUCACAUCUGUGGCAAGUUACAAGUCCCUCACAAGCCUGAAGUCCAGUGAAUAUCUUGCAAGCCCUACAACAGAUAUGACCAGUCCAGGUUUAACCCCUUCCUGGACAUAAAGCCAUAAAGGACCAGCUCUGUGUGUGUUUGUUCUACAUUCCAUAUCUGAAUUGGUUGCAAAACGGUGGACAGGGAUGAUUGGCCUGAAAAUACAAAUAUAUUUCACUAAUGAAUAUUGGCUAUUAAUUCACCAAUUGAAUGAUUAGAAAGAUAUUUCUGUAUUUCCUAACCUAAUAAUAUCUUUGGUAUUCUAAUUAAUGUGACAUUUAACAAAUCACCACCCCCCAUUUGAUUUUUUUUUAUCAAUUAAUUCCCCUUAAAAUGAGUUUUAGUAUGCUGCAAAAAAACAAACACCUGUUACCCUGUAAGUGGGCUCUAUUUUUUUUUUUAUAUGUUUACUUUUUUUAUCCUUCACCUUUUUGUAGCCAAAGAAAGUGCCCAAAGAUUCUGGAUAUUUGUAUUUUUUGGAUUGUUUUUUUCCCCACAAAAAAAGAAACAGAAACACUUGUCAACACUUGGCGAAAGAAAGAAUCUAUUGGUCCCCCAGCUGCUACUGGACUACAACUACCAAUGGUUGUCGAAGUAAUAGGCAUAUUUCGGAGGUUAUUUAUCAAAAUCCGAUUUUUUUUUUUUUCUGAUUUGUUGAAUUAAAAAAGUCUGACCAAACUGGAAUC